UUCUCUUUUUGUUAUUAUAAUCUGUUUUGCCUAACUCUCUUGUUUAUUUUGUAGUUAUAGCAUCUUAAAAUUCAUUGAUUUUACAGAGGGCAUGGUGGGGAUGGCUGCAUGGUUGGAGAAGACAAUCUUAAAGGUCUUUUCUAACUCUAAUGGUUCUAUGAUUUUAUUAUAUGAAUGUGAACAAGGAUAGUGGGGAAAAUUCUUCCUGUCUCUUUAUAGUGGACCGUAAACUCUAGCAGAGAAACUGCAGUAAUUACUGAGUUUAUGCAGAUCUUCAGACUGAGCGGAACGCUUUGGGCUGGAAGAAAUCUUUGCUUUGCAAGUUCUCUGAUAUGGGCCACUUGCUGUCAGCACACAGUUGUCCUUAACUAAACUGCACGUGUGAAAUACAGUACUGCUUUCCAAUACGUUCUCCCUCUUGUCUCCUCUGCUGAUUUGAUGAGAGUCCUAUGUUAUCAGUCACUGGUUUAAAAGAAGACAACUUUGAGCGGUGCUUGAGAACCAGUUGGAGAUUGAUGAACAGAUUCUGAUCCUGCUUGAUUUGUGAUAGUUCUUCAUUCUAGACAGAAGGACAUCAGAUACGUGGAAGCAUGUCUGGGAAGCCAGUUGUGCACUAUGCUAAUAUACGAGGCCGAAUGGAACCAAUAAGGUGGCUACUAGCAGCUGCUGGAGUUGAGUUUGAAGAAAGAUUUGUGGAAACAAAGGAAGAUCUCCGAAAGUUAAGGACAGAUGGAUUCCUGCUGUUCCAGCAAGUGCCCAUGGUGGAGAUCGAUGGGAUGAAGUUGGUGCAGACCAGAGCCAUCCUCAACUACAUAGCAGGGAAAUACAAUCUCUACGGGAAAGACCUGAAGGAGAGAGCCCUGUACUGUACCAGUACUACCUUUGUUAGCUCGUAGCUGGUACUGCUUUUCUGUGUGACACAAGAAUGUCUCUGUGUACAUGUAACUCACAAGAAGUUUAGAUUCAGGGAGUUUUCUUAGAGCAUGUGUUGACCGUGAGUGCAGGUGAGGUGUACAAUAGCAAUAAAUAGGUAGAUAGGAUAAGAAGAAAGGCAGCAGGGAGUUUCUGAAGAUCAGAGAUCAGUGCUUUAUCAGGGG